CCCUGCAUUACUGUCAUGGCAACCAGCAUCUGGCUUUCAGGUGUACCAAUGGAACCUCUCUCAGUGUCAACCAACAGAUUCACUCUGGACCUUUACAAAAAGCUGAAUGAAACUUCCAAAGGCCAAAACAUUUUCUUUUCUCCUUGGAGUAUUGCAACUGCUCUUGCCAUGGUCUACCUGGGCGCAAAAGGUGACACUGCAACCCAGAUGGCUGAGGUUCUCCAUUUUAACCAGACUGCAAGAGAAGAAGGUUCAUCUGAGACAACAAGGCCUUCUUCAGCAAGACCAAAGAAAAGAAAGAUGGAUCCUGAGCAUGAGGGAGCAGAAAACAUCCACUCUGGCUUCAAAAAGCUCCUGUCUGACAUCAACAAACGCAGAAACACUUUCUUGCUGAAGAGUGCCAACCGACUGUACGAGGAAAAGACCUAUCCAUUAUUGCCUGAGUUCUUACAACUCAUUACAAGCUAUUACAAUGCAAAGCCCCAAGCUGUAAACUUUAAGAGAGCUGCAGAACAAGUCAGAGCCCAAAUCAAUUCAUGGGUAGAAAAUAAAACUGAGAGGAAAAUACAGAGUCUGCUGCCUGCAGGAUCUCUCCAUUCUCGCACUGUGAUGGUCUUAGUAAAUGCCAUUUAUUUCAAAGGAACAUGGGAAAAGAAAUUUCUGGAGAAAAAUACUUCUGAGAUGCCCUUCAGAAUAAGCAAGACCAAGACUAAACCAGUACAGAUGAUGUUUUUGAAAAAUAAUUUUUUCAUACUCCAUGAAACCACCAUGAAAUUCAGAAUCAUUGAGCUGCCAUAUGUGGAAAAUGAACUCAGCAUGUUUGUUCUCCUACCCGAUGACAUCAGUGAUAACGCUACUGGCCUGGAGAUGGUGGAAAGAGAGCUGACGUAUGAGAAAUUGGCUGAAUGGACCAAAUCAUCCAAUAUGAUGAAAGCUGAAGUGGAUCUAUACCUGCCCAAGCUGAAGGUGGAAGAGAAUUACAACCUUAAAUCCCCUCUGAGCAGCAUGGGGAUACAAAAUGCUUUUGACCCACGCCAAGCUGAUUUCACAGGAAUGUCAGUGAAGGAGGAUCUUUUCAUCACACAAGUUAUUCACAAAGCUUUUGUGGAGGUCAAUGAAGAAGGUACCGAGGCAGCAGCUGCCACAGGUGUCUUGAUGAUGAGAUCAAGAGUCCCAACAAUGACUUUCAAAGCUGACCACCCUUUUCUUUUCUUCAUCAGACACAACAAAUCACAAACCAUCCUCUUCUUUGGGAGGUUUUGCGGGGGGCCGCCAUUUUACAGGGAGAGGCUGCGACACCCGCCUCUUCCCGGCGGCCAAGGGUGCACGGCCUCAGCCUCUGGCUCCAUCCCGGGAGGGGCCGGGCUCCCGUCCUUUCCCCCCGCUCGGCUGCGCUUCCGGGAACAGGGAGCGCGGCGGCCGGCGGGGCUCGGAAGCAUGGAAGGCCUCUGUGCAGCCAACACGACUUUUGCAGUGGACCUGUUAAGGAUGCUGUGUGAGAAGAAAAGUGGGCAGAAUGUGUUCUUUUCGCCCUUUAGUAUUUCUUCUGCUUUGUCUAUGGUUUUGCUGGGUUCUAAAGGUAGCACAGAAGCCCAAAUAAGCAAGGUGCUUUCUCUGAGCAGCACCCAAGAUGCUCACAAUGGGUAUCAAUCCCUUCUCUCUGAAAUUAAUGAUCCGAACACCAAAUAUAUCCUCAGAACUGCGAACCGCCUCUAUGGAGAAAAGACCUUGGAGUUUCUCCCAUCUUUUAUAGAGUCGAGUCAGAAAUCCUACCAUGCUGGCCUGGAGCAGAUGGACUUCCAGCAUGCUUGGGAGGAUUCCAGGAGGCAAAUCAAUGGCUGGGUAGAGGAAAGGACUGAAGGUAAAAUUCAGAACCUGUUGGCAGAGGGGAUUCUGAAUUCUCUGACCAGACUUGUGUUGGUGAAUGCCAUCUAUUUCAAAGGCAACUGGGAGGAGCAAUUUGACAAGCAGAGUACCAGUGAAAGGCCAUUCCAAAUUAAUAAGAAUGAGACCAAACCUGUGCAGAUGAUGUUCAAGGAGGCACGUUUUAACAUGACCUACAUUGGGGACUUCCAGACCAAAAUCCUUGAGCUCCCAUAUGUGGGUAAUGAGCUGAGCAUGAUCAUCCUGCUCCCUGAUUCAAUCCAGGAUGGAUCCACAGGCUUGGAAAGACUGGAAAGAGAGCUCACAUAUGAGAAGUUAAUAGAUUGGAUCAAUCCAGAAAUGAUGGACUCUACAAAGGUGCGGGUGUCUUUACCCAGAUUUAAACUGGAAGAAGAUUAUGAUCUGAAACCCCUUCUGAGGAGCAUGGGAAUGCUGGAUGCAUUUGAUUCAGGGAAGGCAGACUUUUCAGGAAUUUCAUCUGGCGACCAGCUGGUGCUCUCUGAAGUGGUUCACAAGUCCUUUGUGGAAGUCAAUGAAGAAGGCACUGAAGCAGCUGCUGCAACAGCUGCAGUGAUGAUGAUGCGCUGUUCAAUGAGAGUUCCGGAAUUCACUGCAGAUCAUCCUUUCCUCUUCUUCAUCCGGCACAACAAAACUUGCAGCAUUUUGUUUUGUGGUAGAUUUUGCUGUCCCUAAGGAGGAGGUGUCUUGGCAGCAUUGCAUUUAUUGUUCCAUGACACAAUAAAUUUACAUUUCCCUGGAACAAGACGACUCCUUUUGCACUAAUUGUCUCUUUCAGCUGUGCCUGAACCCUCUUCUGUGGCCUUGGUCUUGGGCUUGGCAGGAGUAACAGAGCUGCUUAGACAAGCACAGCACCUGCCAUGUCCAACCCCUCCUGUGCCUGGCUGCAGAGGUCUCCAGGUUCUUGCUGACACAAGAACCAUCCCACUUGCUCUGUGGGCGCUUCUUCUGUGCUUGACCUUGCCUUGGGUGUCCAGCGGGCAGAGUCAGGUGGUGACAGCCCAUGGGAGAGAAGAAGCUCCUCUUGCUUGUGACAAGGCUGGAGCACAUUUUUAGUUGCCCUCCCCUUUUACCUUCCAGGCUCAUCCCUUU